CUAGUUUCGAUUGCAAGUCGCGUGUCGUGUUGAUGUUUUGUGAAAAGUGGAAACAUAAUUAAUAAUCUACGGGUUCAAAGCGAAGUUCUACUAGGGUAGUGUGAGGCGAAUCGACAACAUUCGGUAGUACACAACAAGCAGUGGUUUCCAUAUUAUAACAAAUUCAAUUCCGAUUGCAAGUAGCUUCAAGUAUCCUAGCCCCUGAUUACACAUUGCAAAAGUUUGAGGUCCAAAUGAAAUAAAAACUGUUUAGAGUGCUAUUAGUUUGGAGACCUCCAGCGACAAAUCUCCACAGCGGCGUCAUGUUUCACGAGGAAGUCGAGCUGGACGAUACCCACCUCUGCAACAAAUGUGGCCGCACCUUGGUAGGGUUGGAAAAUUACAUCAAACACAGGAAGGUAAGCUGUGUCCAACCGAAACCGGCAACGGUGACGAUUGCCAGUGGGUCCAGUCAUCGGAUUGCCACCGAGCAAGGCUAUACAUCGUUCGAUUUCGGCGAGGGAAUUAAAGAUUCGGAACAUCACAAGAAACUACCGAACUAUAGCUUCAACUAUGACUUGGACGCACAUCACAGCGAUCCGGUACAGCGUCCAGAUAGCAAAACUGACUACAAGAAUGAUGUCAACUACGAUUAUGAGUUGGGGGCUGAUUUGUUUUUCUCGUCUCUCGAGCUACAAAGCAGUUCAAAGAAAGCUGGAACUAUCCAUUCAUCUGCCACGAAACUGCAUGCCCCCAGCCGACCGAAAGUUAGAAAACAGACUACGUCACUGUCAAACACGGACCCCGAUCAUGAGCAUGACAACGAAGACGAUUGGAUUGCGCCUCAUCAUGCCUCGGAGAAACUAAUGAAAGCUGUCAGCGAAAUCAGCGGAAACAAAAAAGUUGAACCCCUGUUUCCAUUCUUUGAACAUGAGUCCCCGGAGCCUUCCGACGAUGAAAGCGAAGAGGACGAUGAUUUCGAUGCCCCACCUAGAACACACACGGGCGGUAAAUGGAAACCCGAAAAUCGGCCAGUCUCAUCCCAGUGGCGCCAUUGGCCCGACCAGGAAGGACAGCUGGACAAAUCAACCGAGCACGAGGAAGAAGAAGAGCACAAAAGUUUCUCUCCACCUCCGGGACAUACCAAAGGAAAAUGGGUUCCCGGAUCAAAAAUCACUCGUUUGGAGUACAAAUUGCCCACUCUUCCGUCGAAGCCGUAUGACGACAAUUAUUGGUGCAGUAUUUGCAAUCGGAAACUAGCCUCGCGAUUCGUCUAUGAGCGGCACCUGAAAUCGAAUCUGCAUUUGAAGCGAGCACAAGAAGAAUCCGAGUUGGAAAGAGCACUAAAACCAACACUCUAUCCCAGUGAACUAUCCAAACGAAUCUCCCAACCGAGCCUCUAUCUGGGAGAUGAUUUUCUCCACACUAAUCUUAGUCCAGAAAAAACCUCAACACCCACCAUCGCAAGCUCUCCGGUAGCUGUCAAAAUUACACCGCCGAAAACGAAACGAAAACGAAAGUGCUACUACACCAAGUGCGAAAUCUGCAAAACACGGCUGCCAACCAGUCUGCUCGGAAAACAUCUGAUCUCUCGUUAUCACUAUCGGAGGAUGCUAAAUCACCCGGAGCAAUGUUUCGAUGUAAUUUUGAAAAAUAUUCACCGAAUUGUUCUGCAGUCUCCGUUCCAGUGUCAUCCCUGUAAGUUCUAUGCGAACACCGAGGAUCAGUUCAUGUCGCACUGGAACUCCGUAGAACACGAACAGCGAGUCAGUGUGGAUGGGACGUUCUGGUGCAGUUUCUGCAAGUUCGAGUGCACCGAAAACUUCCACAUGACCAACCAUCUGCUCGGUUCCGACCACCGGGAAGUCAUUUCCGUAAUCAAUCGGUCCGUUCCGAUCAUAAUCAGAAAAAUCACACCGAUCGUGUGUAAAUUUUGCGGCGAUGAGUUCCGCUACAAUGCAGAACUUAAGAAACACCACGAACGGUGCAAUGAGGGAACUCCCGAAGACGCCAUGAAAGCCAAACGUUCAUUCCAAAACACCUUCACGUGCAACAUCUGUAAGGCUUCCUUCCACAAUAAGAUGCUGCUUCUGCAGCACGGUCAGAAACUUCACCGAUUGGCCAACUACUACUGCUCGAUAUGUGAGAUGUCCUUUCAAACGCCCAAGGAAUCCGUACGGCAUCGACGAACUACCGCUCACAAAGUGAUGUCGGCCAGAAAGAAUAAAAAAUCGAACAUUGUCAGCAAAAAAUGUCACGUGUGUGGAAAAGAACUGGCCGAUAUUUUGGAACUGAAGCGUCACAUUCGAACCGACCAUCCGGAGACCAAGUACAGCUGCCCACGGUGUGGGGAAAAUUUUGUUCUGGCCCAGGAACUCGGCAGACACGUACGUGACAAAAAUUGUACAUUUUUCAAUUCCACCACAUCAUCACCGGCGUCGUCGUUACCGUCAUCAGUGCCAGCACUAGUCCCGGCAGGGUCCGCCGAAAUGAAAACUCUCCCAUCAACAUCCCGUGCGCAUCUUUCGGGCGAAAAUUCAAUUAUCCUAAAUGAUUCAAUUAAAGUAAAUAUGAAUGAUCGUAAAAUAGGAAAGGAGUCACAUCUGUAUUCUUCGACUUCGGCGACGGUGGUGCUGGUAGACGACAGGACGACCCGAGUCCGAACGGAAACAGCGGCGAGAGUAUCUCCAGUAUCUUCAGUGCCGAUUGUAGCACCGACGGUAGCAGCAACUGAUGAACCGGAAGUGCUAGAAGCCAUGCAAACAAUCGCUCUUAUGGAUCAUUAUUCUAACCUUUUGCCAUCAUCAUCGGCACCAAGAUCAACCUCCGGAAUUGAGAGCCAUCCUGUCGUGUCCUCCCACUAUCAUACCGAACCGCACCCACUGGCAUCGGCAAUGACCCCUGCCAUGACCCAUCGGACGCCGGUCACCAGCUCGACCUCGACGACAUCCAAUUUCGUCUGUGAUGAUAACAUUGUCGCCAGUUCGUCCACGUCAGCAGAAAUCUUUUUCGCCAUGGCCAAUAAUGCGUCCGAAAAUAAUACUGUUUACGUUGAUGAAAUCGUCGGUACCAUCAGCGAGGACAGUUCGGUCGUAUCCUGGCAGUGCAAAAUAUGCCCAUUCAGGACGACGUCUCAGGCAGCAUUUCUGUUUCACGAAAUUCUACACACCACGAAAUCGGCAUCCGAAUCGACGAAAAUCACCUGCCCGCUCUGUAAGAAGCUAUUUUCGAAAGCUUCACUGCGUUGCCAUCUGCGGCAGCACACGGAUGAGCGAAUUUUCCCCUGCGAACUGUGUCCGAUGAGUUUUACCCGGAAAGCCAAUCUCAAGAAUCAUGUAGCCAACGUUCACGGUACGAAAGAGCGUGUGACCGAGCCAACGGGUGACAACGACGUGCCUGUCCGGGCCGGAGGAAAAACGGAAAUUUGUUCCACCUGUGGAAAGGCCUUUGGAAGCAAAAUGAUACUGGCUCAGCAUACCAAGGUCCACCUGGAACGGAAAUCGAUCAAAGAAUUUGCCUGCCAGCACGAAAACUGUUACUACAUUGGCCGCAGUGCGGCAGACGUGCGGACGCAUCUGCUGGGCCGCCACUCGGACGAGCGAAAUUUCGUUUGCAGCGAGGAAGAUUGCGAUUAUCGGGGCAAAACAAUCACUCAAUUGCGAAGGCAUUACCAACGACACGAAGACAACGUGAAAAAACACAAAUGUGAUCAAUGCGGUUUUGCAACCCGAAUACCUGGGCAUCUGAAACGUCAUCUACUGAUCCAUAGCGGCGGAAAACCGUUCUGCUGUCCUCACUGUGAUUACAGUUGUAAUAACAUUGAGAAUCUUCGGAAGCAUGUUAUUUCCACCACCAAACACAAGGGUAAAUAUCUAUAUGAGUGUAAAUACUGUCCAUCUGGGGACAGUGAAUGUUUCCAGACUAACUUCAACAGACAGUACAAAGCGCACCUGAUCGGACAUCAUCAAUUGCCGUUGGAGGAAGCCAACCGAGUAGCACGUGUAAACUAAAAUAGAAUAAUCAGGAAGAAUAUUAUUCGUUUUGUACAUAAGUCAUGGAUGUAUGAAGUUUUGUAAAUAAUUAUGAGAUUUAUAAAAUGAUCAAAUCAUUUUUUCAUUACGACAUAGAGUCCGCAUUCGUUAUUAACUUAGUUUAAGUGUUCAUCAACACUUGACAAGGAUCAGAAUUAGGUCUAGUAAA